CUUGUUUCCCGUUAACUUCAACGCCUCCCUGUCACCACCGCCGGCAAACUAAAAUUGUCAAUCGUGGUUUUAAUCGCCGCCGCCGAGUUCUCUCUUUCUGGAGCUGUUCAAUAGAUCUCCGUUUAAACACCUACCACUCUCCGUUUCCCACUCAAAACUCAUUGCCGAUUCCCAAUCCCCUUUUCCAGAUCUUCUUCUUCCCAAAAAAAAAUGAAGAAUCUCAUACUCGUCAUAGUAACGCUUCUCUGCUACUCGUUCGCCUCCUCUUCCGGAGAUACAACGAUCCACACGAACAAUUGGGCUGUCUUGGUCUGCACUUCUCGAUUCUGGUUUAACUACCGUCACAUGGCCAAUACACUCUCUCUCUAUAGGACAGUCAAGAGACUUGGAAUACCUGAUGAACGGAUCAUCCUUAUGCUCGCUGAUGACAUGGCCUGUAAUUCUAGAAACGAGUAUCCUGCUCAAGUUUUCAACAAUGAGAAUCACCAAAUCAACCUCUACGGUGAUAACGUUGAGGUAGAUUAUCGUGGCUAUGAGGUGACGGUUGAGAAUUUCAUGCGGGUUUUGACUGGGCGUCAUGAGAAUGCUGUGCCUAGGUCAAAGCGUCUGCUCAGUGAUGAGGGUAGCCAUAUUUUACUGUAUAUGACUGGACAUGGUGGUGAUGAGUUUCUCAAGUUUCAAGAUUCUGAAGAACUCCAGAGUCACGAUUUAGCUGAUGCUGUCAAACAAAUGAAAGAGAAGCGUAGAUUCAAGGAGCUUUUGAUAAUGGUUGAUACUUGCCAAGCUGCCACCCUCUUUAACCAGCUUCAAUCUCCUGGUGUUUUGGCUAUUGGUAGCAGUCUUAAAGGAGAGAACUCAUAUUCUCAUCACCUUGACUCAGAUAUUGGUGUAUCUGUUGUAGACCGGUUUACAUAUUACACACUUGCGUUCUUUGAGAGGCUCAAUAUCUAUGACAAUGCAUCACUUAACAGUUUGUUUAGGUCGUAUGAUCCGAGACAGCUAAUGUCUACUGCCUACUACCGGACUGAUCUUUACCAGCCACAGCUGACGAAGGUACCGGUCACAAAUUUCUUCGGUUCAGUUAUGGAGACGAUUCAUACUGAUUCAGCUUACCAUGCCUUCUCAAGUAAAAUCUCCAAUAGCAAGAUCAAAUCCGAUAUGCCAUUCGAUCAGCUUUCUGACCAAGAUGUUAAAGAAGAUCUUCAGAAUGGAAACAACCAAAACGAUGAGUUGAAAACUGAGAAGCAAAAAUGCCCAUACUCACAAAUGCGGGCAGACCUCCACGAGAAACUGAAGAAGAUUGAAAAUGUGGAUACAGUGGUUAACCUCAGCAUAGCGGUGAUGAUUCUCGUUGUAAUGGUGUCAUCAUCUUUGUUAUGAUAACGCUCUAUGAGCAGUAUAGGAUCAUCAUCAUCAUCAUCUCCACUUUCAGUUAAUCUCUCAUGUAUGAGCGUAACAAUUGCAGCUUGACAUCUAUUACUUACAUCAGAAUGGUUUCAAACUUUUAACUUUUGUUGUUAUUAACUCUUGACACAGAUGUUCGUUACCACUACAAAUGUUAGCCCAUCUGCUGCAAUAUUAGUUGACCUUUUGUCAUAGUUUACUGGUGUUUAAUUAUUUAUGCAAUUGUGAUUCUUAAAGAAAUACGUUUAUAUAAACUGGUGUUAACCUGCAGAUAUU